GAAGCUGGUGGCCAACACAAAGGCAAUGGAAAUAGUUUGAAAAGAUAGACGAGAAGGACUCCUUGGAGAAGAAUAGCAGACCAAUAGAAGUGGGAAAAGUCACCGAAUUGACUGAGAAGGUAGAUAAAAGGCAGAGUUGUGUUUUCUUGUCGUCGUGAAGCUGGUGGCCAACACAAAGGCAAUGGAAGUAGUUUGAAAAGAUAGACGAGAAGGACUCCUUGGAGAAGAAUAGCAGACCAAUAGAAGUGGGAAAAGUCACUGAAUUGACUGAGAAGGUAGAUAAAAGGCAGAGUUGUGUUUUCUUGUAGUCGUGAAGCUGGUGGCCAACUCAAAGGCAAUUGAAGUAGUUUGAAAAUAUAGACGAGAAGGACUCCUUGGAGAAGAAUAGCAGACCAAUAGAAGUGGGAAAAGUCACUGAAUUCACUGAGAAGGUAGAUAAAAGGCCGAGUUGUGUUUUCUUGUAGUCGUGAAGCUGGUGGCCAACACAAAGGCAAUUGAAGUAGUUGCAAAGAUGUCUCCAAGCUUGUCUGAUAUGUUGAAUUUCUGGUUUGGAAGGAACGGCACAAGGGUUUCGCCAUGAAAGCCAUCAUUACGGGAGGGAUCCGGCUUGCCAAGCUCUGAACGUUGCGGCCAAGUGACGGAGACGAAGCAAAUAAUGCGAUUCCUGCUCCACCAAGACAAUGGUUAAGAAGGGGAAGAAAGAGGUCCUCAGCGACUCGGAGGAGGUGUCGGAGGCCGAGGUGAGCAAAAGCAACGCGGAGGAGAGCGAGAUGGGCAGCAGCGAGUUGGUGGAGGAAGAGGAAGCGGAGAGCGAGGAAGACCCAAAGAGGAAGGGGAGGGACCGGAGAGGGGCGGCCAAAGCCGGGAAGAAGGGGGAAACCAAAGCAGAUCAGGCAAAAGCGGCGGCCGAAGAUGCCAAGAAGAAGAAAGGGGCCAAGAAGGACAAUGCCAAAGCCCAGCUGAAAGGGGCCACCAAGGCCAUGGCCAUGGCCAAGAAGGAGGUCGCGGCGAAGCCUGCGAAGAAGCGAAGCCUGAAGAGCACCUCCAAGAUGGUCAUGGGCUUCAAAGGGCCCGGGCAGAAGAAGACGCCCAAGACGUCCCAUUUCAAGAACGCCUCCCGCUUCUUCUGGGGCCUGAAGAAGCACAGCACCAAGCGGAAGAAGACCAAGAACAAGAACAAGGGGGUGAUGAAGUCCACCUCCAACCUCAUGAUGCGCUUCAAGGAGUUGGGGAAGAAGAAGAAGAAGAAGGACGAGCCGGCGGCCGCGGGGACCACAAAGCCCUCCUUCAUGCUGAUCCGGCUGGGCGGCCGGAAGACGGAAGAACAAGCGGGAGGGUUUUUCAGGACCAUCUUCCGGAAGAGAGGCAAACCCAAGGAGAAGUUCAAGGUCCGGGCCCAGAUCGUCAGCAAAGUGGCCUCCGCCACCAACUGGUUGGCCCGGAGGUUCAUGUCCAACCAAUGCACUUGCGCCCACAACUCAAGAGUGACCGACGAAUCCUGGUUGAAUAGGAUCGGGGCCAAGAAGCUCCCCUUCCCUUCUGGAGAUGAAGUUCUGAAGCACCGAGCGAAUAUGAGGAAGAUUCCUGGAAGAGACACUCUCUACGGCCAAACCCAGGAAGGACUUGGUUACUGGGACGAACUGGAUUCUGCCGCACCGGCAGACUUCCGAGAGGAGAGCAAUUAUGACCCACUGUCCUCUUCCCGCCGUAGUUACCUUGAAAGAAACGGGCCAUAUCGGGGCAGGACUGUUGUGGACGACCCGGUGGACUACUACGACCAAGACCAGUAUGACUACCACAAGUACAAGAACCAACAGCAGUAUGCCUCCUCGGCCAGUUAUUCGCCCUACGAACCCUACGACGGAUUCGGAAAUGUCUACGAAGAGGUCGGAGGGCCACAAGGGACCACUUAUGAAGAGACGGGUCCGGUGGAGUAUCCCAACGAGGAUGUCUACUCUCAGCACGAAGUCAGCUACAGUGAGCAGGAGUGGCCCUCUGAGACGCAGGCUUCCUACAACCCUUACGCUUAUCCAUUGGACGACAUUGCGGAGAUAGAUGAGACCGAAGGCAACGAGGGCGGCCUAGGUUACCGCUUCCCUUCUUCUCGCUCUUCUCUUCUCGGACAACAAGGUGGGUUAGACAAUUUGACAUCUCAGUUGCCUUUGAACAGAGGGUUCCGGCUUUUUCCGAGGCCGCAAGUGAAGCUGUUCGGCGUUGACAAACUUGACGUCGUCCUCCCACCUUCCCCGCACUUUCCCUUCAGUCCUUGGGAUCGCGAGGAAGAGGAGGAAGAGGAAGAAGUGGAGGAGGAGGAGGAGUCUGAGCCUUUGGUUUCUCCUUUUGCCCAGUUCGACAAUCAGAAUCUGGACCCACCUAGGUCAGCAGGGACUUUUUCGAAGAUGUUGCCUGGCUGUUUCGUCACCAAGCUGCAAAGGCCUCUCUAUAGAAACCCAACUGGGAGGAGUUUCGGCAGCGGAAUGGGUCCAAAGAACCCUGAUAUCUCCCCAAGGGAGUAUGGAAGCCCCCUUGGCCAGUUCCUACAGAAGUCCCUCUGCCAACCAAAGCCCAUCCUGAAGCACCGCAGGAGUGGAGGACCCACCAGGCCUCCCACGCCUCCUCCAAUGCAAAGAGGUCCGUCUUCACCGUUCAGCGAACGAUGGCUCGCGAGGCCUGCUUCUCCUCAACCACCGAUGAUGAGACACUUUGAAAUGCCGAUUUCGGAGCCUUCUCCGAAACCUGCAAGGCGGUACGGGGCUCUUCUGCCGUCUCACCCCUCGGUGCGGUUGCGAGACGCUCUUCACGAAGAACUGCACAACACGCUCCCGUUCCUGGGAUUGCCGUCCUCCAAGAAGGGCCACCAAGGCCUUGGCGCCUCGUUGUGGAAAUCCAACCCAAUAUCUGCCAUCAACAAAAGCUCCCCUCAACUUGCGCAGAGGCAGAACUCGUCCACGUCUCUGAGAUCGUUGGGCUCCAACAGGCGAAACCAACCCAUGAAGAAGAACCCAACGGGAGGUUCUACCAUCCAGUCGCCUCAAACGGUGGCACGCAACACACUCGCAAACAAACGCAACCCAUCGUCCUCGAGUUUAGCCUCAGUCCAGAGCCUAAAGACGGGUGUUCCUUUCAGCCGCUCGUUGUUCUACGCUCCUUAUAAGCCUGGCUCAGCUGAGUACGAGGACUUUCCACCUAGUGGGACCUCAGGAAGGGCCCCAAAUCCCUUUCGGCCGCCGAGAAAGAUGAACAAUUUCCCCGUUGAACCCAUGGGGAGGUUCCCGCAAGCUUGGAACAGACAGAACGAGCCCCCCACCAAAGUGGUGAAGCCAUUAAUGCGGGACCAGUACAUGAGGCAGUUUGUCCCACAAUCCCCCGUUUUGUCCGCCCGGGAAUCCCCUCGCAUGCCGAGCAGGCAAGGCAGCCGGAGGGUCACCAUCCGUGAAUCGCCGAUAGACCCGUCUCCAUACGCUCAGUCCUACGACGAGGCCGAAGGCUCAGCGGAGACGCCGUUCUGGCCGCAGGAACAAUGGGAUUACCCUCCCGUGAGUGGACUCAGAGGCAGACGGAACUCCUUGCCCAGGAGAGGAUCUUCGGCAAGUCUAAGGAGUGUUUCCAAUUUCCCUCAACAACCGCCGAGUCCGGCUCCGAGCGCCCGCAAGGCCUUCCUUCAACGGAUCGGCCAGCCUCUCGCCGGGAUGGUGCAAUCCGCUUCCUACAUGGAUCUGGAAGAUGUGGAUCCAUACCAGGCUCAGUUUCAUCACUCCCCUGGACCUUCUCCGGCACUUUCGAGGAGAUCGUUCCCCGAGGAGUCAUUUCCCGAAACAAUGGGCGAAGGGGACUACACUCCCAAGAUGAGCCGCAAAUACUCCUCUGAGAAUAUGUCCUACGGUGCUCCUGCGGGCAAUUUGGGCAGCCCGGCAUCCCAACGGAGAUACUCGUUCAAAGGGCCGCGAGGAGGUCCGUCCAUGGCGUAUUAUCCCCCGCCUUUCCAAGAUCAGUACGAGCCACCUCCAAGACCGGGUCCUGUCCAUUAUCUGGAUGAGUUUCUAGAACACGGAAUGGAGGACGGCUUGGGGAGGUAUGCGGUGGUGACCCCGCAGAUCCAUCGGAUGGGCUCGUCCUUCAGGAGGUCCUCCGGACGGCAAAGCCAACCCUGGAGUGACUACCACACGGUCCAUGUUCACGAGAUGCCCAACGAAUGGGCCUCGGGGAAGCUCUACCAGCGCCCUCCAACUCCAAGGGGAAGCUCCAAGCGGAAGGGUCCUCGCCGGGGCGGAAGCAGCCUCUUCUGGUACUUGACGCGGGGGUCGUCGGUGCACAAAAAAGACUACGGCGGAGUCGACAGUAACUGGCAGUGCAAGAUGCACUCGGUCCACAACUUGCAGUCUGGGGCCCAGCAAGGAGACGACGGCGUGGAAGACAUGACUCAGUUGGAGGAACUCAAAGAAAGCAUCGUGCUCCAGAACCUCAAGAAGAGAUUUGACAAGGGACUUAUUUACACCUACAUCGGCAGCAUCUUAGUCUCGAUGAACCCUUACAAAAUGUACAACAUUUACGGGACGGACCAGGUGCUCCAAUACGAAGGCAAAGCUCUCGGGGAAAACCCGCCCCACCUUUUCGCCAUCACCAGUAUCGCCUACAGCAAGCUGAGAGAUGCCAAAUUCAACCAGUGUAUUAUUAUAAGCGGUGAGAGUGGCUCUGGGAAAACAGAAGCCACCAAGCUGAUCCUUCGCUACCUGGCAGCGAUUAACCAGAAACACACAGCAACACAACAGAUCCUCGAAGCCACUCCUUUGCUGGAAUCCUUCGGCAAUGCCAAGACGGUGCGCAACGACAACUCCAGCCGGUUUGGGAAAUUUGUGGAAAUCUUUUUGGAGGAGUAA